AUGAUUACUGAUAACGGCAGAAGUGAUGGGGACACGGAGCAAAACUCAUCCUCAUCAAAGCCUAUUGUUGUAUGGAUGCAGAGAGAUGGAAGCUACGUGGAGAAUAUUCGCAAUAUCGUGCUGCGAGUGAAGGAUCCCUCAAAAUUUGGUGAAAACGUGCAAGGCAACUUAGAUGAGUAUCCUGGUCCUUUUUUGAAUGAGUAUUCAUCGACUCAAAAAUGUAUACCGAACACAUCUGGGGAGCUAGUCGAUGUGCGAUGGGAAUCUAUUAUGAAUCUACGUCCCACAAUCUUCGAACUCACCCAUUCAAGAAAUCCUCUGUCGCAACUAAUUGGAAUGCUGAGGCGUAUUUCGGACGGUGAGGUAGAUGAGUUCUUCUCACGGCUCAAAAUGAUACUUUCUGGACACGACAGACGUCGACGUUCAAGAUUUGCUUUUUAUAUUGCAAAAACUUAA